GGCGGGGAGGCGGAGGACCAUAAAGAAAAGCCAAGGAAGAGCCGGACUCGGCGCUGGUGGGACGGGGGGGGGGUUGCCUGCCCACGGUCUGGGGCUGCCUCCAUCUCGCAGACGGCAAGCGGGGGGGGCUUCCCGGUCCCCCCCCUCUGCAUUCCCCCCCAAAGGCCGGGAGGUGCGCCAAGACGGCCCGGAGGGAAGACCUGGGGCCGGGAGGCGAGAGAUUUCCUCAUUGUUUGAACGGCUGGGGUCGAGAUCCCUCGAGGGACCUGCUGCAGCCGAAGAGGGCAGCUUCUCUCCUUCAUGAAAUGGGAAUAAGAAGUGAUCUAACAAAGAUGAUUAGGGGACUGGAGGCUAAAACAUAUGAAGAACGGUUGCAGGAACUGGGAGCUGGUUCAUUGUCUGGAGGUGACUUGGGACAAUGAUGGAGAAUCAGUGGCUAGUUGUAGAUCCUAAGCAGAAGCCUUACAAAGAAACUCACCAGGAGACCUGUGAAACUCUAGUGGCACUGACAGGAUCUUCAAGUUCCAAACCCAGUGAGAUUUUCUUGGUGAAAGAGGAAGAGGAAUCCAGCAUCCUGGAGCCUGGUAGUAGGGAGAACCCAAGAAGAGCCAAUUUAGGUGAGGGGAUGGGCAGUGAGGAAGAGGAAGAGAGCGAAGAGGAAGAAGUCCCACAGCAACACCAACCAGAGCUGCUCAAGCUGGACGCCAGGGUGGUUUCUGGGAACUGCAAGAGCCUGCGCUGGAGGGUGGUGCAGCCGUCCAGCAGUGGCAAGGUCCUGGCAGGGGAGGGGCCCCCCAUCCUGGUUCUGCAGAAGGGCUACGAAUGCGAGGACUGCGGGAAGGUCUUCAGCUGCAGCUCGCACUACAGCAAGCAUCGACGAACGCAUACAGGGGAGCGCCCCUUCCAUUGUGAAGACUGCGGCAAAAGCUUCAACGUCAGCUCUAACUUAUAUCGGCAUCAGCGGGCACAUGCCAGUGCUAACACCACCCCAGGAACUCCCUCCCCGGCCCUCCUGCCCACCCGGGGCUUGCCCUACCAGUGUGCCGAGUGUGGUCGGUGUUUCCGCCGCAACACAGAGCUGGUGACUCACCAACGGCUCCAUACUGGCCGGCUGCCCUUCCAGUGCAGCGACUGUGGAAAGAGCUUUUCCUGGAGUUCGCAUUUUGCCCGGCACCUACGCAUCCACACCGGGGAGAAGCCCUAUCCUUGCAAUGAGUGUGGCAAGCGCUUCAGCCGCAGUUCCCACCUCUACCGCCACCAGCGCACUCACGGCACCAAUGCAGCUGCCAAUGUUACCCGUGCCUACAUCUGUACCUACUGUGGGCGCAGCUUCAGCACCACGCUGCACUUUGACCAGCACCAGCGUACCCAUCGUGGCCGCAAGCCCUACAAAUGCACCCUUUGUGGUAAAGCCUUUGCUGAUGGCUUGGCGUUGGUGAAACACCAGCGUCUGCACUUGGUUGGGGGGGACCAGAGUCACGAGUGCUCGGACUGUGGGCAGAGUUUUGGGGGACGGUCCCAGCUGGCCCGCCACCGCCGACUCCACGGCACUGCCGAUAAGCCCUUUGGUUGUGGGGAGUGUGGACAAAGCUUCAGUGCUCGCACUCAGCUAGCUCAGCACCGGCGGCUUCACAUCUCCACCGAUAAGCCGUACCACUGUGGGGAGUGUGGGCUCAGUUUUACAUGGAGCUCCCAUUGGGAGCGACAUCGACGCAUCCACACAGGCGAGAGGCCCUACUCCUGCGGGGACUGCGGCAAGUGCUUUGGGCGCACCUCCCACCUGUAUCGACAUCAACGCACCCAUGCGGGGGGGCAGCCGCACAUCUGCCCUGACUGCGGCAAGAGCUUCAACAGCACCUUGCAUUUCCAGCGCCACCAACAUGCCCACCACAACCCCGACGGUACUCAGCUCUCUGCCAACGCGUGUGGGAAUUGUGGCGAGUCGUGUGCCGAUGCCUCGGCUUUGCUGAAACACCAGUGCGUGCAUGUGGAGGAGAGGCUGUAUCCCUGCCCCCAGUGCAAGCGGCACUUCUGUGGGACCUCGCGCCUUUACCGGCAUCUCAGAAGUCACACCCGCCAGACAGAAGAGACAGUACUGGGGUUGUCUUCCCCACAAUAUGAAGGGGUUGAACCAUGCUAAGGAGAGGAGGGGGGGCUAGAGAGGUGUCCAUGACUGGCUAAUGCCAAGGUAGUUCUCCCGGCUAGACUUCCCAAUCCAAAGUCCAAUGUAAAUGAUCCUGUUCAGGUGGGUCUUUGGGCUUCAUGUUCUAUAUUUGUUUCUGAGCAGUGGUGGGUUCCAACCGAUGUUACCACCGGUUCUCUUCGCGCACGCGCUUUGCACGUGAUCGCCGUGUGCAUGCUUGCUUUGCACGCACGCGCACUGAAUUUACACUCUGCGCAAGCGCGUUAGGUUUCUACCCAGCUGAGGUGUGGCAAUCCACUCUGCCAUGCCUAUCAGCUGGGCUAAAAAACAAGGAAUAAAGGUAGGAAUAAAACGGGGGCGGACAGGAGGGCCCAGCUCCCAGUCAAAGAGAACCAGUUCGGUGACAUCACAUCGUUACCACUACCGGCUCGGCCGAACCGGGCCGAACCGGGAGCAACCCACCACUGUUUCUGAGGCAUAAAGGAAGAAGAAUUAGAUCCUCUAGAACCUAGGCAGAAUUAAUACCAAGGCGGAAACAGUUUCAGGGUUUUUAUCAAAACUUUUAAAACAAAACCACUCAUCCUGCUAGCAGGAACCAGUGACCAUUUCCCCUGCUCCGCGUUUGCUCUCCUUCAUGUCCCAAUGGCAGUCAUAACCCUCUGAGAGAAAGGUGGGCCCUCCAUGGGGACCCUGCAUUCCUUCGCAAGGACACUUUGCUACCCAGAGCCAUGGAUCCUCCUCGUGAACACUUUUCAGCACACACCUGCAGCAGGUGAAGGAAUCUAUCCUAUGGUCAAGAAAGAAACCAAGGUCAUUAACUCCUCCAGGGCAGAUUUGGGGGUUUGAAUGAAACAACGGGGAAAUCCUGCACAGCUUGCAGGAGUUCAGUUCAUCAAUGUCGACAAUUAAUUUGCCGAACUGAUUCAUAUGGGUCUUUGGAUUAUCCAGUAUGUUUAGGGCAAAGAUGGGAGUAGAUCUAGAUAAAAGAAGAAGUGAUUGAUAGCUAUAACAUGCAAGGGGGAGGUUGCACCGUGGUGGAAUAUCUGGCUAGAAUAAAAGGGGGAGUAAAGUG